GAGCCGGAGCCCGGGCUGGAGUCAGGGCAGGGGCCGGGCCGGAGAGGGCUCCAGAGACAUGGGGUCGGCCGACUCCAAGCUGAACUUCCGGAAGGCGGUGAUCCAGCUCACCACCAAGACGCAGCCUGUGGAAGCUACCGAUGACGCCUUUUGGGACCAGUUCUGGGCAGACACAGCCACCUCCGUGCAGGAUGUGUUUGCACUGGUCCCGGCAGCAGAGAUUCGGGCCGUGCGGGAAGAGUCGCCUUCCAACCUGGCCACCCUGUGCUACAAGGCCGUGGAGAAGCUGGUGCAGGGCGCUGAGAGCGGCUGCCACUCGGAGAAGGAGAGACAGAUUGUCCUGAACUGUAGCCGGCUUCUCACCCGUGUCCUGCCCUACAUCUUCGAGGACCCCGACUGGAGGGGCUUCUUCUGGUCUACAGUGCCUGGGGCCGGGCGAGGCGGGCAGGGAGAGGAGGACGACGAGAAUGCCCGUCCCCUGGCCGAGUCCCUGCUCCUGGCUAUCGCUGACCUGCUCUUCUGCCCAGACUUCACGGUCCAGAGCCACCGGAGGAGUGCUGUGGACUCGGCGGAGGAUGUCCACUCCCUGGACAGCUGCGAGUACAUCUGGGAGGCAGGCGUGGGCUUUGCUCACUCCCCGCAGCCUAACUACGUCCACGACCUGAACCGGAUGGAGCUGCUGAAACUGCUGCUGACGUGCUUCUCUGAGGCCAUGUACCUGCCCCCGGCCCCAGAAAGUGGCAGCAGCAACCCGUGGGUUCAGUUCUUUUGCUCCACGGAGAACAGACACGCCCUGCCCCUCUUCACCUCCCUCCUCAACACCGUGUGUGCCUAUGACCCUGUGGGCUACGGGAUCCCCUACAACCACCUGCUCUUCUCUGACUACCGGGAGCCCCUGGUGGAGGAGGCCGCCCAGGUGCUUAUCGUCACCUUGGACCAUGACAGCGCCACCAGCACCAGUCCCACGGUGGACGGCACCACCACAGGCACCGCCAUGGACGAUGCUGACCCUCCCGGCCCCGAGAACCUGUUUGUGAACUACCUGUCUCGCAUUCAUCGUGAGGAGGACUUCCAGUUCAUCCUCAAGGGCAUAGCCCGACUACUGUCCAACCCCCUGCUCCAGACCUACCUGCCCAACUCGACCAAGAAGAUCCAGUUCCACCAGGAGCUGCUGGUUCUCUUCUGGAAGCUCUGUGACUUUAACAAGAAGUUCCUCUUCUUCGUGCUGAAGAGCAGCGACGUGCUGGAUAUCCUCGUCCCCAUCCUCUACUUCCUCAAUGACGCCCGCGCCGACCAGUCUCGGGUGGGCCUGAUGCACAUCGGGGUCUUCAUCCUGCUGCUUCUGAGCGGGGAGCGGAACUUCGGGGUGCGGCUGAACAAGCCCUACUCGGUGCGCGUGCCCAUGGACAUCCCCGUUUUCACGGGAACCCACGCCGACCUGCUCAUCGUGGUGUUCCACAAGAUCAUCACCAGCGGGCACCAGCGGCUGCAGCCCCUCUUCGACUGCCUGCUCACCAUCGUGGUCAACGUGUCUCCCUACCUCAAGAGCCUGUCCAUGGUGACUGCCAACAAGCUGCUGCACCUGCUAGAGGCCUUCUCCACCACCUGGUUCCUCUACUCUGCCGCCCAGAACCACCACCUGGUCUUCUUCCUCCUGGAAGUCUUCAACAACAUUAUCCAGUACCAGUUUGAUGGCAACUCCAACCUGGUCUACGCCAUCAUCCGUAAGCGCAGCGCCUUCCACCAGCUGGCCAACCUGCCCACCGACCCCCCCACCAUCCACAAGGCCCUGCAGCGACGUCGCCGGACACCCGAGCCCUUGUCCCGCACCGGCUCGCAGGAGGGUGCCUCCAUGGAGGGCUCCCGCCCUGCCGCCCCCGCAGAGCCGGGCACCCUCAAGACCAGCCUGGUGGCCACUCCAGGCAUCGAUAAACUGACAGAGAAGUCCCAGGUGUCAGAAGAUGGUACCUUGCGGUCCCUGGAGCCUGAGCCCCAGCAGAGUUCGGCAGAUGGCAGCCCGGCCGAGGGGGAACCCAGCCAGGCGUGGAGGGAGCAGAGGCGGCUGUCUAGCACGUCAGCCAGUCUGCAGUGGAGCCCAACAUCUGAGUGGGUCCUCUCCUGGAAGUCUAAGCUGCCGCUGCAGACCAUCAUGAGGCUGCUGCAGGUGCUGGUUCCGCAGGUGGAGAAGAUCUGCAUCGACAAGGGCCUGACGGACGAGUCGGAGAUCUUGCGGUUCCUGCAGCAUGGCACCCUGGUGGGGCUGCUGCCCGUGCCCCACCCCAUUCUCAUCCGCAAGUACCAGGCCAACUCGGGCACAGCCAUGUGGUUCCGCACCUACAUGUGGGGCGUCAUCUAUCUGAGGAAUGUGGACCCACCCGUGUGGUAUGACACUGACGUGAAGCUGUUUGAGAUCCAGCGGGUGUGACCAUGGAACUUUUGAGGGCUGGGUCCAGGGGAGGGUGGGACCCUGGGCCCUGAUGCAUCCCCCAACCCACUGUUCUGAGCUUUAAAUGACCACAAUCAGGGCCUGGGACAGCAGAGUGGCUGAGUCCUGGGAGGCAGGCCCCCAGGGACCCCUGGGCCUGGCGGGGCUGACUUGGACUGGUUCUGAUCCCCUCACACCCCAGGAUGGAC